AUGAAGCGACUCUCGUUGAAUUCUGAUGGAGCUUUUCGCACGACGAUACAAAGACGAACGCCCCAUGCCAGAAACAAGACUUCAACUGAAACGAAAGUAACUGUACGGCCUACAAUGACAUCGGGCGGUGAGACUAAAGUUCGUAUAAGAAGUGCUACACUAACAAAUCCACAUAGAAGUCCUAACUUUUUUAUAAGCGAUGCGUCAGUUAUUUUUACAGCUUUUGCUGAACGUACACGAAAUAUCACAGAAAUUCUGCAGGAUAGAACAUAA